GAGCCCAGGGCUGCACGCGGCGCCCCUCGGAGCUCCGGCGCGCGGCUGCACCAUGGACUCGGACUCCGCAGAGCUGAGCGAGGGGGAGCUGCUCGCGCCUGCAGGUCCUGAUUGUUUCAGUUCAAAGAACCUUGCGCUGCAAGCACAGAAAAAGCUCCUGAGUAAAAUGGCUACCAAAACUAUGGCUAACAUGCUCAUCGACGACACAAGCAGUGAAAUAUUUGAUGAGUUAUAUAAAGUAACUAGAGACCAUACAAGGAACAAGAAGGAAGCUCACAAAAUUAUGAAGGACUUGAUUAAAGUGGCAAUAAAAAUUGGGAUCCUCUACCGAAACAAUCAAUUCAACCAAGAAGAGCUGGAAAUCGUCGACAAAUUCAGAAAGAAGUUGAAUCAGACAGCCAUGACAAUUGUCAGUUUUUACGAGGUAGAAUACACCUUUGAUAGAAAUGUUCUCGCAGAACUUCUGAACGAAUGUAAAGACCUGGUGCAUGAACUGGUAGAGCGACAUCUGACGCCCAGGUCCCAUGGGCGUAUCAACCAUGUCUUCAAUCACUUUGCAGAUGUGGAAUUCCUCACUGCCCUGUAUAGCCUUGAUGGGGAUUGCCGACCACACCUCAAAAAGAUCUGUGAUGGAAUCAACAAACUACUUGAUGAGAAAGUCCUUUGAAACUUUGCCUUUUACAAAACAAAAACUCAUUCCUAGAGCUGCAGCAAACUUGGUGAGUUGUGGCAAAGCUUGUGAGUUUCCUUCCUACCAUCCGCCUACUACACGGACUUCAUCAGAAACCAGCAUGUGCUCACUUGGCUUAUAAUGAAGAAAAACCAAACCAAACCAGAAAGCUACAAAUUGUAAUUCUCAGUUCACAGAGAUUUCAGCCUUUUCAAAGGAGGGAGUCAAUGGGGCUGCUGAUGCUUAUUAUUCAGAACAAGAUCACAGCACAUCAGAACCUCAGUAUCUGUGUUGGGGUCUUGUUGUGUGAAAAUGAACCUAACCUCAAGACACGUGGCUGUGUCAAAGAUAGAAGGGGAAAAGCAGAAAGGGUGUUGAAUGGAAUUGACCCCCAAACUCUUCUUGUAUAUGUUUUUAUUAUUCCUAAAAAAAAAAUCUCAGAGGCUUAGAUGGAAAGUGGGGUUCUGAUGGGCACAAGUUCUCUCCUUUCAAUAGUGUCAGGAACCGAUAGGAGAGCACAUCUCCAAUUUUGCAGGUGAUUAAGACCAUACUGGAGAGCAGAACUUAAUAAAAUGGGGAGAAGUGAGAAGAGUAGAGAAGCUUCUUUAAGAAGCAUGUUCCCACUAGAGAUUUUUGCUUUGCAUCUGAGAAUAGAAGUGAGAAACUUGUGAUUUUGAUUCUGGAAAAACAGCUCAGUGACUCUAAAGUCAAAACAUAAUGAAGAAACUUAAUCCUGAAAUACAACAUUGGCUUCAACAGGCUCAAGCACACAGUGACAUCAAAUAGGCUUAGAUUAGAGGGCCAUGCUACUUCCUCUGCAAUUACUGUUUUCAGUGCCAGAACUUAAGUUUCCUGUUGAAGAACACCACGAUACAAAUGCUGAACACCUGAGAGGAACAGUGAUAUUACUGGAUCAAUGUAGCCAUCAUCUGUCCCUUCUUUCUCCACUGAAACACCAUUUCCACCUGCAAAUGGCAAAAGCCAAUAUUCAAUGUAUGAAACAACUUUUCAGCCGUGGCUUAGUGCAUGUCCAUCGUAAUUAGUUGUGUUUACAGUCAAAUAGUGACAUGUGGGAAAUGGGGGCCAAGCUGGUAUUUUCACAGUGCCAUCUAAAUAUAGAACAUCCACACCUCUGUAACUAGGGCUUGUUAACAUGAGAAACUUAGGAGCAACAUCAAGGUACCUAUUGCAUCUUAUUCUAUACACAUUUUAAAAAAACAAAAAACGAAAACACACACACACCAACAUCUAUUACAGAACAAGGAUGAACUAAAGAACUUGCAGAAAAGUUUCAGUGGUUGCAACAGCACAAUUGUCCUGGCAAAAGUCCGGGUUUUAUAAUCCCCAGUCCAGAGCAUCACAAAAGAAAGCAGCAUGGUAUAGUGCUUAAAACAACCAAUUCAAGCUCUGCCAUGGACUUCUGUAAUCUUUGACAAGUCCCUUAGCUUCUCCGUGUCCCAAUCUGCAAAAUUUCCUCUUUUAAAUUUCUCUGAAAUUAUUGAAUUAAAAAAAACCCCACUAGGUAAGAGAUUAGCAUUGCUAUUAGGAAACUAAGACUGAGGAAAUCCUGGUACCAAACAAAAUGCUGGCAGAGAAUUAUAUUGCUCAUUAUUGAACUGAGGUGACUUUUCUCUUUUAGAGGCAGAGGGGAAAUGCAUUACCAGUUCAUCUGAAAGCCAACUUUGUUGUGAAAAAAAUCCUCCAGAAGUCAAAUUGUUAAUUAAUUUCAACCUUUACAUUGCACCCAUUAAUCUUUGUGCUCUAUCUGCAGAGCACUACAGAAAGUGUAGGCUCUAUGAUAGAACAUUUUCAUACCUCAAGGCCUCCUAGAGGAAGACAUUCACUGAAAUAUGCAAAGUGGUCAGUCUCAGAAAACGAGUUGGUCUACUCAACAUAGGUGGGCGAGAAACUGUUUUUUUGUACUGCAUAUAUUUGAGAGUUCAAAAUAUUUUCCCAUCUCAAAUCAGGGCAAAAAGUGAAAUUUCAAAAACAUUCAGGAACUGGGGGUGGAGGUGGUGCAGAUUUUUGUUUUGAGUCAAUCCAAAUGUUUCAUUUCAAUAAUUUUGACUCUUUUUUAAAAAAAAAUAAAAGCUUUUUUGAGGCUCAUUAACUGAAAUUUCGAAACAAAAAGUAGUUUUGAACCAACUAAAUCAGAAGUUUUCACUUCAAAUAUUUUUCUCAACUUUUUUUUCAAGAUGGGAAAUGCAUUGAAUUUGACCCUGUUUUGUGAAAACUGUUUUGGCAAAUCAGCAUUUUCUAUAGUUCAAGCAUUUUAGCUCCUUAUAACUAGUGAACAUAGCCCUCUAUCACUAAGUGUGCUCCAACAUAUCCUCCAACAGCAGGGAUAUAGUUAGCCAAAAUAUCCAUUAAGUUACACAGGCUAGAUCAUGGAGUCAUCAAGUCCUACCAGCUAAAGCUGGCAGAGUUCAUUUCCCCAUCUGUGCUGCCUUGAUUGCACGGCCUGGUAUGUUGGGGUUGGGGUGGAGCUACAGAAGCUGCUCUCUGUCCCAUGCCAUGGCCUUCUGAUAUGAAUAAUUUGUGCAGAGUAAGAGGGCAUUUUAUAUUCCCGAACUUCCCUGGACAAGUGCAUGCUGCAGGUCAAGAUUUGGCCCUUAAAACAUGGUACUUAGGAGGGAAUCCACUAGAAAGAAAAUCUACAACAGUAUCAAAUGCUAUUGUGUCUUGAUGCACUAACCUUUCCUUGUUUUGAAAUUCUGUUAAUUUUAUAGUGACUCACCCUUGGGUUGCAGACACAGCAGAUUUAGAAUACAUUUAAAACUCUCCUCCCACCAUUGGGUUCAUCCACUCCCACAGCUCUAAAGAUACUUUGGUUUGAGACUGUACCUCCUUUUAGAUGACAUGCGAAUGACAGAUAGCCUUGCAGACACAGAUGACAAAUACUGUACCAAAGAGUGUAUUACAAUAAUUAGAUGCAUAUUUUUAAAACUCAUGAAAAAUUAUGUAUUUGAAAGCCAUUUCUUUACCUAAGCAAUGCUUACAGAGCAGAUCACUGAUCUCAUCGGUAUUAGAGAGUUGUUUUCACAUGUAAGCAUUAUUCAAAACACUCUAGUGUAACAGACUUCAGAACAUUUUCUGAUACUUCCAUCUUUUCUCCCCUACAAAACAAUUGUGUCAUAUGCAUUGCAAUAUGAAUCCCAUGUUUCCUUUAUAGUGCAACUAUCCUUAGAUAGCUGGAUGCCCAGCUACCUGAUUCAUAUACUAAAGGGGUACAGUUUCACGUGAACAAUCAGAAGUGUUCUUAUUUCUCAUCUUCGAAGGGUGUAUUUCAAAUGCACAGGAAAACAAGCCAUCUAAAAAUGGCACCACCAUUUGUAUUGGAGCGAUUUUCCACCCAUUUCCCUUGAAUCCAUGAUGCUUCUGUUCAAUAGCAACUAAUGUAGACUGCCCUUCUGUGGCAUAAUACAGAGAGAAAAUCUGGGCAGAAGGACUUGCAAGAUUUGCCUUACAUGGUAAAAAUGUAGGCAUUCACCAGAACCAUAUUUAAUAAUCUACAUUUACAUGCAAUACUGGCCAAAAUCUGCCCAAGAGCACUACUUAUCAAACUGAUGGGGGUGGUUUUUUUUUUUUUUAUUUAGAGUAUAUAAUACAUCCAACUCACAAAUCCUAGUACACAGAGCAUAUCAAAUUUCAGAGGGGAAGGGGGAGUUUUUCUUUUCUUUUGGAGGAAGCUAAGUGCAUGUAAGACUUUAAAAAAAAAAAAAAAACAAAUAAAGCCAGAAUAAAGCCACCGUUCAAAAAGGAGGACAGUUGAAAGAAAAACGAUACUCUGUAUGUGGUUUCUUUUUAUGUCUUGCAUAUCAUCAGUACUCAGACUCUGGUAUUUUAGAAAACAGCCAAAUGUAUAUCAUUUUAUUUAUAAAUUUUAGUAGCCUUAAAGUGGAGGAAAAAAUGUUUUCAAGUAUUUCUGAUACUUGUAUAUCCUGUAUAUUCAUUGUUUACUUUUAUACUGGUGGCUUGGUAUGUAAUAAUAUACUUUAUGGGUGACUUAAACAUAUGAUGUAUUAUCAUAAUAUUUGUGGAUUAAAUGAUUUGUGAUUACUGUA